CGCAUUGACUGCAUAUUGUACUGUCAGUGCGGGAGAAUGAAUAACUCAAAAUGUAGCAUUUUUCAGAAACCAAAGAGCCCUACACGGAUUAUACAAUGCAUUUAUGUGGUUGGAUUUAUGGACCUGUUUGGGGUCAGCAUGAUCAUCCCUCUCCUGAGUCAUCAUGUAAAGUACCUGGGAGCCAGUCCCACUGUCGCUGGCAUCGUAGGGUCCACGUAUGGAGUAUUGCAGCUAUUCUCCAGCACAGUAGUGGGCAGCUGGAGUGAUGUUGUGGGCCGGCGGCACUCUCUGCUUACCUGCCUGCUGCUGAGCGCCCUGGGCUACGCACUGCUGGGCAUGUCCAGCAGCAUCUUCCUGUUUGUGCUGGCCCGCAUCCCCGUGGGGCUCUUCAAACACUCACUGUCCAUCUGCCGGGCGCUGCUGUCUGACCUGGUGUCCGAGACGGAGCGGCCGCUGGUCAUGGGCCACUUUAACGCGGCCUCCAGUGUGGGCUUCAUCCUGGGCCCGGUGGUGGGCGGCUACCUCACCGAGCAUGAGGGCGGCUUCUACACCUCCUCCUUCGUCUGCGCCGCCAUCUUCCUCCUCAACACCGGCCUGGUGUGGAUGUUGCCGUGGAGCGAGGCGCCAAGCCAUCGCACCGACACCAACGCCAACAGCAGCCCCAGCAGCUCCAGCCGGGCCUACGACGGCGUGAAGCACAGCCAGCACAACUGUUCCGACAGCAACAACCACCUCUGUCACCCCCACCACCACCACAACAACCACGACCACCACUCCCACCCUGCCUCUACAGCCUCCUCCUCCUCCACAGCGGCCCACCACGGCCGAAGGUGGCGCUGGGACGAGGUGUCCCUGCUGCAGCCGGCGUGGCGGCAGCUCUCGUCCAUGGUGGCGCGCAUCCGCCACGUGGCCUCGUCCGACAUGUGGGACGUGUUCCUGGUGCGUCUGCUGAUGGCCGUGGCCAUCAUGCUGUACUACAGCAACUUCUCGCUGGCCAUGGAGGAGCGCUUCCAGCUGAAGCCCAAGGUGACGGGCUACCUGAUCAGCUACAGCAGCAUGCUGGGCGCGCUGGCCGGCUGCCUGGUGGGGCCGGUCACGCAGCUCUACGGCCAGGACAUGUCGGCGCUGCUGCUGCACUCCACCGUGCUGACCGGCUCGCUCAUCUUCCUGUACGCCACGGCGCCCAGCGUCUGGCAGGUGCUGCUCACCUCCACCUUCUUCGCCAUCUCCACCACCAUCGGCCGCACGUGCAUCACCGACCUGGAGCUGCGGCGCGGAGCGGGAGGUCCCCGGGCCAGCGGGACGCUCAUCGGCGCCGGGCAGUCGGUGACGGCGGUGGGGCGCGUGCUGGCGCCGCUGCUGUCGGGCCUGGCGCAGGAGCUGAGCCCGUGCGGGCCGCCCAGCCUGGGCGUGGUGCUGGCCAUGGCCGCCGUGGGCCUCCUGAUGGCGCGCAUCCCCAAGUGGGACUCGGCCGCCGACAAGGAAAGGACCAAGAACAAGAACUGAGCCGACGCGAGUGGUGCGCCAGGGUGUGUGUGUGUGUGUGUGUGUGUGUGUGUGUGCCUUAAAGGUGUUACGCCGUGGAUACGAAGUCCAUCUCGGAGAGAAGAGUCCAUUCUGUCAGCAGCGGCAGCAGCAGCAGCACUGUCAGGAGUUGGACUUACUGUAAGUGUUAAGUGUUAAUGUUGGACAAGAGGGUCAGCUUCGACAAGGGGCUCGCGCUGCCUGUCUAUGGCUUUUUGUCUCAGAGUGAUGACAUCAUUGUGCUAAAAAAAAGUCAUGGCUGCCUGCUCCUCUUUUUACCACGGGCAGCGAGAGCCUGCAGCAGCACUAGCAAACAGGAGACAUCAACCACCCAGACUAGAGACUUGGGUUCUGUGCCGGAACGCCACGGCACAUGGUCUUACAAGCAGGUUUAAGGAAGAGGACAUCUCCCUCGAAUGGGGCGGCAUUAAGAAAAAAACAGAAACACAUUCUUAUGAAUUCCAUUCCAUGUUUUAG